AUGACAAUCUUCUACAACCAACCAAGCGACUUGAACGAAUUAAGCAGAAUCAACGAAUUCAACUUUCCUAUAGAAUUCUUCUUAAAGGAUAAUGCACCAGUCAAGCAUAACGCUACUCCUUCUACAUCUAAAGCUAGACUCGAUCUGAUUCAACAUGACAACUCGUACGAAGCGAAAGUAGAUCUGGCUGGUUACAAGAAGGAGCAGCUAGAAAUCUCUAUCCACGACCACAAAAUAAGUGUCAAGGCUAGCAAGCCAGCUGAAGAAGAAUCAAAGAAGUCGGACGAGCAAAGAUACUUAAUCAGCGAACUCAACUCAACUCCCUCAAUCAACAGAACGUGGAGACUCCCAGAGCACGUCACAGAGGACAAUAUUCACGCCGCCUACGAUAACGGUUUGCUCACCCUCAGAUACUCAAGACACGCGCCCGAAUCUGAACCAAAGAAGAUUUCCAUUAGGUAG